UCGAGAUUAAGUGUCAUGGCCGCUUAAUGGUGUGGAAAGUUGCUUUUUAGGUUAAAUCGGGAGUGUUUAAUUUACGUAUUUAUUCAAUUUUAAGUAAAAUUUGCCACGAUAAACUCGUAAUCGAUAUGGAUGAAGAAAAAGAAAUUGAAACGAAAGAAGAAGAUCGGUGUAAAGUUAACAUCGGGGGAUUUAGUAUAGAUACUUCUUGCAUUCCUUGUGUUAGUGCAGACAAACAGACAGACGAAUUAGCCGCUUUGGGAGUUUUCGCCUACGAUCAGACGGAAUUCGAAACGAAUGUCAUCGAUCAAGUGGACAAAGCCAUUAAGAAAGAGGAAGACGAAAGAAAGAAAAGUGAAGCAAAGAGAGAUUUAAAAGCUGUUCUGGAUGAAAUUAAAAUGGUACAGCACAGACUUGACCACAUUGAAAAGGCUUUAGCAAUGGUUCCUCUAGAUACUGGGAUGAGUAAAGAAGUAAAACGAACAAGUGAAUCAGUAAAAAGAGAAAAAGAAAAUAAAAUAAAACAAUUGAAGAAGUUAGAAGCCAAACGCAAAGCAUUAAAUUCAUAUUUGAAUGAUGAUUCAGUUGAAAUUGAUUCCAUGAUUAAUGAGUUAGAAGGGUUAGAAAAUUGUAAUGAAGAUGCUGAAGAUUUGCUGAGACUAAAGGAUCUAUUUGCACAAAAUAACAAUACAAAUGAUCAGUUAAUUAAAACAGGACAGAUGACCCCAUUUGGUACUGUUGCACCAUCAGGCCAGAAUAGAAAGAGCAUAUCAAUUUUCAUUCCAGAUGAACCAACAGAAUUUGAAAAAUUCCUAUUAGCUAAGGAAGAAAAUAUUCAAAAUGUGAAAAUGAAUAAUUCUGAUAAAUUUAAUAACAAAAUUAUGAAGACAAAAAUGUCAGAUUCUUCAUCUAAACAAAAUAUAAAUAAGAGUCCAAAAUUAUAUUCACUUCUGACUAAGAAAUCAUCAAAGAUACAUAAUACAUCAAUAACUGAAAAUACAGAUUACCAUGAAAAUGAUAAUGUAGAUGCAUUAGAAAAAAAUGAUACAAGUAAUAAAAUAACGCCUAUUGAAAAUAUCGAUCUCUCAUUUAACAGUGACAGUGAAUAUUUGCCAGAUUCUAAUGAAGAAAUUGAAAGUGAUUAUAAUAAUGAAAAGAUGGCAAGCAGAAAAAGAAAGAUAAAAACUGAAAAAGAUGUAAAAUCCAAAGUAAGAAAAAUCAACUCAGGCAAUAAUAAGAAAAAUAAAAUUAAAGAUGAUGGUAGUACUAGAUUAUAUGUUAAAAGAAUCAAUGACUAUAGAAAGCAAUGUGCAAAGGAAAAAUAUGAAAAAUUAAAUAUGGGAGAAGAAAUUACUGAAGAUGAAGUUGUGGAGUUUGAUGGAAAUUUUAAAAUCCCAGCAAAAUCAUGGAAUAAAUUAUAUAGAUAUCAACAGACUGGUGUGAGAUGGCUGUGGGAACUACACCAACAAAAUUGUGGUGGAAUUGUUGGUGAUGAAAUGGGACUUGGUAAAACUAUUCAAGUAAUAGUAUUCCUUUCAGGACUUCAGUUUAGUAAAAUUAAAACAAUUGGUGACCAAUUUACUGGACUUGGGCCUGUUAUACUUGUCUGUCCAGCAACUGUCAUGUAUCAAUGGGUGAAAGAAUUUCACAUCUGGUGCCCUCUUCUUAGAGUGGCAAUACUUCAUGAAUCAGGAUCUUAUUCUUGUUCAAAAGUAAAGCAUAUUAUUAUUAUUAUUAAAAGGUUUUUGAUUUACAUACAUAACUAUAAAAUGUUUUAUAAUGUUUUUUUGAAGAAAUCAUUGGUGGAGCAGAUUAAUUCUUGUAAUGGUAUUCUAAUUACUUCAUAUGCUGGAAUAUGUAUUUAUCAAAAUUUGCUCUUAUCUUAUGAAUGGCAUUAUAUAAUAUUAGAUGAAGGGCAUAAAAUUAGAAAUCCUGAUGCACAAGUAACAUUAGCAUGUAAACAAUUUCGAACUUGUCAUCGAUUGAUUUUAUCAGGUUCACCCAUUCAAAAUAAUUUGAAAGAAUUAUGGUCCCUGUUUGAUUUUGUUUAUCCUGGAAAGUUGGGAACUUUGCCAGUUUUUCUUCAACAAUUUGCUGUACCAAUAACUCAGGGUGGCUAUUCAAAUGCUUCUGAAAUUCAGGUCCAGACAGCUUACAAGUGUGCUACAAUGUUACGGGAUACAAUUAAACCAUAUUUAUUACGCCGAAUGAAGGAGGAUGUAAAGACAACAAUACAAUUACCAGAGAAAAAUGAACAAGUUUUAUUCUGCAAACUUACUGAUGAACAAAGAGAAUUAUACAAACAAUAUUUAGAAUCUCAAGAAGCAGUUAAUAUAAUGAAUGGAUCUUUACAGAUUUUUGUUGGAUUAAUUAAUUUGAGGAAAAUAUGCAACCAUCCUGAUAUAUUUACUGGUGGUCCAAAGAUAUUUGACAGUAAUGAUCAAACAGAAGAAACAUCAUAUGGUUAUUAUAAACGAUCUGGGAAGAUGAUGGUUGUGAAAGUUCUGUUACAAUUAUGGCACAAACAGAAACAAAAAGUGUUACUUUUUACUCAAAGUAGAAAGAUGAUAAAGAUUUUAGAAAAAUUCACCAAACAGGAAGGUUAUACUUAUAUACUUAUGGAUGGGACCACUUCCAUUGCUGUUCGUCAGUCAUUGAUUACUAACUAUAACAAUGAUCCAAAUAUUUUUCUAUUUCUUCUGACUACACGAGUAGGAGGACUAGGAGUGAAUUUAACGGGUGCCAAUCGUGUAAUAAUAUAUGAUCCAGACUGGAAUCCCAGCACAGAUGUUCAAGCCAGAGAACGAGCUUGGCGCAUUGGUCAGGAGAGACAGGUCACCAUUUAUAGACUUCUAACAUCAGGAACCAUAGAAGAAAAAAUAUAUCACAGACAGAUCUUCAAACAGUUCUUAACAAACCGCGUUUUGAAAGAUCCCAGACAGAGACGUUUCUUUAAGACUAAUCAUUUGCAUGAACUCUUCUUUCUGGGGGAACCAGACAAAGAAUCUUCCGAAACCGAAACCAGCGCCAUUUUUGCAGGGACAGGAUCAGAAGUGAAGAUUUCUAAUAAAAGGCCCAAGAAGAAAAACAAGAUUGCAUUUAGUCCAGAAAAAAUUAAAAAGAUGAAGCAAUUAGCCAAACAAAUCAGUUCAAAACUAAAGUUAGAAAAAUCUUGUAAGAAUAACACUCCUGUGGAUAAUGCUGCUGGAGGAGUAAACAUGGAAAGUGAACAGAUGCUGGAAAAAGUUCCAGAAAUUUCUAAAAAUAUGACUAAGAAGAACGAAAGUCAUAAAAAGAAACGAAAUAUUCAAACAGGAGGUUGUGUUUUCGAAGACCAGAAGAUUGAGUAUUUAGUGAAAAAGGAUGUUUAUCGCCCUCCAGUCGAGGAAGAAGAAGAAGAAGAAGAAAGUAAAAAAGAUGAUUAUGUUUUACACAAGUUAUUUAAAAAAUCAAAAAUAUUUACAGCUAUGAAACACGACAAAAUCAUGGAUUCUGCCGAUCCUGAUUAUCUUCUUGUUGAGGGAGAGGCAGAGAGAGUGGCUCGAGAAGCAGUUAAAGCACUGAAACACUCGAGGCGUCAAUGCUUGGGAGCGGAGUAUGGUGUUCCCACGUGGACAGGUACCCAGGGUAUUUCUGGUGCACCUAAAAUUGUCAGGCAGAGAUUUGGACAGAAGAAAAGAUUUGAAAGCAAUUGUUAUACGGAACCAAAAUCAGAAAUAGGAACCUCAUCUUCGAACAACAUUUUGGAGACAGAGCAGCAGAAAGUAACAAUAACUUCAUCUUCAGAUUUACUUGCACGAAUUAAGGUGCGGAACGGGGUGGUGGCUUCCACAUCACAUUCCAACGAACCGGAAGCACCCGCACUGGGUUCCAAACCCGCGACCGAACACGACGAAUUAUUGGUGGAAGUCAGGAAUUAUAUAGCAUUCGGAGCCAGCGUGGACGGACAGGCCACCACCGAAGAGCUACUCAGGGUUUUCAAGGACAAAGUUCCCGCCAAAUCAACUGCCAUUUUUAAGUCUCUGUUAAACCAGAUCUGCGAUUUUUAUCGUUCCGCCGACAGUCGAGGAAUCUGGAAACUAAAAUCUGAUUUUAGGUGAUUAAAACAAAAAAGUGCACAACACUUUUUUGAUAUCAUUCCAUAUUUAAUUUAGACUAUUUAAAAUACAAGGUUUUGUGAAAUAUAUUUAAAACUAAAAAAAUCCAGAUUAAUUUAUAGAUAAACACAAGGAACCAAUCGAUUGAUCUUAAUUGGUUAAGAUAAAAAAAACCAAAUGGACCACAUGGAUCAAGGUCUUCUAGAAAAUAUACACAAUAGCACCACAUUUUCAUGGAGUAUAUGAAAUUGCAAGAGGAAUGAACAAGAAAAUAGCACUCCAUUCAUUUAUCUCAGGAAUUCUCUACAUCUCUUAUAACAAUUGAUGAGAGAGUCCUGUAUCUUGUAUGCAAUACUCACAACAUCCCAUCAUUGUACAAAAUAAAUA